GUAUCGAUCGCUACGCAUACACGUGUGUGUGCUGUGUCUGCAGACUCUCGAAUACGGUCAGUUUUCUGCAUUUGAGCCCGGGGGUCGGGGAUGACGUCGGUCAGGUGUGACGUAGUGGUGGUUGGUGCAGGACUGUCAGGGUUGACCGCCGCUAACCUCCUCCUAGAGAAAGACAGUACUUUAAGUGUGGUGGUUUUAGAGGCCAAAGAUCGUAUCGGCGGAAGAACAUUGACGAAACAAUUACAGGGGUCCGACGGUAAUUUUGAUUUCUGGGAUGUCGGCGGAGAAUGGGUUGGAAGACCCUAUCCUCAUCUGCAGUAUCUUCUGGAAAAGUUUGACAUAGACACAUUUAGUCUCCGUCAACAGACGGUUAAAGCAGCACCACUACGUUUGAUACCGUCAUGGGAUAUGUACAUACUCUAUCUCCGGCUACGCAAACGAAAGAAGUACUUCGACAGACUUGGUAGCCAAAUGAAGAGCUCAGUGCGGGCGCUCGAAUGUGACGGGAUUAUAUUUGAAGACUACUGUAACAGUAGACUGUGGACAGAAGAUGCCCGUUGUACAGUGGAGGCAGCGUGUAAGUCAAUGUUCGGACUGAAACCAUCUGAAAUGUCCCUGUUGUAUUUCCUGAUGAAUGUGUCGUCUGCGGGUGGAUUUGAAACAUUCCUACAUCCGGAGCUAUGUUCCGGUCAGGAGGCAAGAAUCAAGGGAGGCGCUCAGCAGCUAUGUCACCGUUUAGCUCAGGCUAUAGGUAGGAAUGGAGUAACGAAAAAUCAACCAGUUACACACAUAAGCCAGACAGACGAUAUUGUAUCUGUGCUGACUUUGGACAAGACACAGUACCACUGCAGCAGGGUAAUUGUUGCUGUACCUCCCCAUCUCCUAGCGGACAUCCACUUUACGCCAGCUUUACCUUCCAGUAAAAUGGAUGUCCUCCGGAACAUUCCCCUCGCCCACAUCGUCAAGUUUGUCUACAGCUAUGAUGAGAGGUUCUGGAAUAACAAGGGGUCGGAAAGCCAUGGUUUACAGGUGGUUCUAGAAGAUCCGGCGGAUGGCCCUGUGGGUAUAGCUUACGAUGGUACCUCAUCCCGGAACAACCCUGCCAUCGUGGGAUUUGUGUCGAGUACAAAGGGACCAUUUCACGUACACGAGAUGCAACUCCCUCAUCAGUGGACACAAGAACAGGAGUGCCGUCGCCAGAACGAGGCGAUAUUGUCUGUCCUCGAAGACGCGAUUGGUCCAGAUGUACAUGAAUAUAUUGACAGCACGUUCGUAGACUGGAGCACAGAGAAGUAUAAUGGAGGAUGUUUUUUGAAAAGCAUUGUUCCUGGAACUACAAGACAUCUAUGUCAAACGCUUAGAGAACCUUUUGAAAGUGUACAUUUCGCUGGGACGGAGACUGGAACUGUCUGGUGUGGCCUAAUGAAUGGAGCGGUACAAUCCGGACUAAGAGCAGGGGCGGAGGUGCUGUCUCAACUCAGACCAGAACUGAUGAACAUUGAUUUUCCGGAACACGCAAAUCUAUCUACGAAGCAUAUACCUUCCUGUUCCGGCGGAUAUAGUGUCUGGGUCUGUGUUACGUUUGGUGUUAUUGGUAUAACAGUGGGCACUAUGGGAAUGUUUUUAGCCAGACAGAAACUUGAUUCCCCAUUGGAUAUAAGCAGACGGUUAUCUGAUAUAUGUCAUAUACGGCUAUAGAAAAGCUACAAAUGCCAAAUUGUUGAGCGUUUCAGUUCAUUAUUUGAUAUUUGCAGUGUGUUGUGAUACAUUGUUACUGGUGCAUAUUGGUCUGAUAAAUGUAAGAGUCGUUUAAAAUGGUGAUGGUUGUGUCAUGAUUCUAGUCAAUCCAAACUGUUUCCUAUUGUUGUACGAUGUAAACAUGUGAUUGUUACCUAUUGUUGUACGAUGUAAACAUGAGAUUUGUAUCUACGAAACAAAAAUAUUGAAAAUAAACAUGUUAGAGUCUCC